AUCCACAGCAUCCUUAAGAGCAACCUUCUUCUCCUACCUCCUCUGCAUCUGGUAAAAUUCCUGCAAAGAUGUCCUGCCAGCAGAACCAGCAGCAGUGCCAGCCCCCUCCCAAGUGUCCCUCACCCAAGUGUCCCCCAAAGAGCCCAGCCCAGUGUCUGCCUCCACCCUCUUCUGACUGUGCUCUAAGCUCUGGGGGCUGUGGCCCCAGUUCUGAAAGUGGCUGCUGCCUGAGCCACCACAGGCACUGCAGGUCCCAUCAAUGCCGGCACCAGAGAUCCAACUCCUGUGACAGGGGCAGUGGUCAGGAAGGCGGGGGCUCCUGCUAUGGCCAUGGCUCUGGGGGCUGCUGCUGACCUGGAUUCUGAUGAUGAGACAAGUGAUCUUUGGAGGAAAGAAGGAUCCCAAGGGCCCAGGAAAAGCCCC